CUCACGCGCUGGUAAGGGAACGGGAUCCUCCGUGCCUCAGUCCGCUGAAAGCUCAGUUUCACCGGAGUGCUUCAAACUGUCUCUACCUUUGUCUCUGACAACGACGCGUCACUUUGAUGGGGAACUCGAUAUCAGGGCGGGAAAAUGCCUGUUAUGAAGGGAUUGCUCGCGCCACAGAACACAUUUUUGGAUACUAUAGCGACGCGUUUUGACGGCACACACAGCAACUUCAUUCUGGCCAAUGCACAAGUGUCCAAAGGCUUCCCGAUCGUGUACUGCUCGGAUGGAUUCUGUGAGCUUACUGGAUUUGCCCGAACUGAGGUCAUGCAGCAGAGCUGCGCAUGCAAGUUUCUGUAUGGGCCAGAGACCAGCGAGCACAUCAUUCUUCACGUGGAUUCUGCGCUUGAGGAACGUAGCGAGCUCAAAGAGGAGAUAAUGUUCUACAAAAAGAAUGGUAGUGUGUUCUGGUGUCUGCUGGAUAUUGUGCCUAUCAAGAAUGAGAAGGGAGAUGUGGUCCUCUUCCUUGCCUCUUUUAAAGACAUCACUGACACCAAAGCCAAAUCUAUACUUGAGGAGAAGAAAGGAGAGUGCCGGCGCGAGAAGGCCAAGGGCGGGUCUCCGUUUGGCUCCACUCGGCUGCGAUCUAGCACAGUUCUCUACCAUAUUUCAGGACACCUGCAUAACCGUCACAAACAAAGUAAAAUCAAACUUAACAAGAAUGUUUUUGGUGAUCCACCUGCUCUUCCUGAAUAUAAAGUCGCUGAUGCCAAGAAGUCCAAAUUCAUUCUUCUCCACUUCAGCACCUUCAAGGCCGGCUGGGAUUGGCUGAUCCUUCUGGCUACAUUCUAUGUGGCUGUGACGGUGCCGUAUAAUGUUUGUUUUAUUGGUGAUCAGGACUUGACACGUAGCACCACUGUCACUGAUAUUGCCGUCGAGAUUCUUUUCAUCAUUGAUAUCGUGUUCAGUUUCCGCACUACGUACGUGAGUAAGUCGGGGCAGGUGAUCUUCGAUGCGCGGCAGAUCUGCAUCCAUUACCUGACCACCUGGUUCAUCAUCGACCUUGUUGCAGCUCUGCCCUUUGAUCUCCUUUAUGCUUUCAAAGUCAGCGUGGUGUCAAUGGUCCAUCUGCUAAAGACCGUACGCCUGCUGAGGCUCCUGCGUCUGCUGCAGAAGAUGGACCGCUACUCCCAGCACAGUACGGUGGUGCUGACCCUGCUCAUGUCCAUGUUUGCACUGUUGGCUCACUGGAUGGCCUGCAUCUGGUAUAUCAUUGGCAAGAAGGAGGUGGAGAGCAAUGCAGACACCUGGGAUAUUGGUUGGCUGCAUGAACUUGGGAAGCGGUUGGAGUCUCCAUACGAGGGGGUGAGCUUGGUAGCGGUCAACAGAACGCUGAGCAGUGGACCGUCUUUGUGGAGCAUCUACAUCGCAGCGCUGUACUUCACCCUCAGCAGCCUGACCAGCGUGGGCUUCGGAAAUGUCUCGGCCAACACUGACGCAGAAAAGAUCUUCUCCAUCUGCACCAUGCUCAUUGGAGCGCUGAUGCACGCUCUGGUCUUUGGCAAUGUGACGGCCAUCAUCCAACGCAUGUACUCACGCUGGUCCUCUUACCACACACGCACUAAAGACCUGAAAGACUUCAUCCGUGUGCACCACCUGCCCCAGAGCCUCAAACAGCGCAUGCUGGAGUACUUCCAGACCACCUGGUCUGUCAACAACGGUAUCGACUCCAAUGAGCUCUUGAAAGACUUUCCAGAUGAGCUGCGUUCGGACAUCGCGAUGCAUUUGAAUAAAGAGAUCCUAGAGCUGUCCGUCUUCUCCUCUCUGAGCCGUGGAUGUCUCCGCUCUCUCUCCUUGCACAUAAAGACUUCGUUUUGUGCGCCGGGCGAGUACCUUCUUCGUCAGGGAGAUGCUUUACAGGCUCUUUUCUUUGUCUGCUCCGGCUCCAUGGAGGUGCUAAAGGACAGCAUGGUGCUAGCCAUCCUCGGUAAAGGCGACCUGAUUGGUGCAAACAUGUCGGUGGGUGACCGCGUGAUAAAGACGAAUGCUGACGUGAAGGCGCUGACGUACUGCGACCUGCAGUGCAUUAAUCUGAGGGGUCUGUAUGAGGUGCUCGACCUGUAUCCUGAAUACUCCCACCGUUUUGUGCAGGACAUAACACACGACCUCACCUACAACCUGAGAGAGGGACAAGAGAGCCAUGUCAUAUCCAGGAUGUCCAGUAAGUCCAUGGACACACAGAUGGAGGGGAGGGGAAAUGGAGACGUGAUCCAGUGCUAUCCACCAAUAGCUGAGCAUCAAGAUGAGGGAGAUGAUGAUGAUGAUGAUGAUGAUGAAGAAGAUGAUCAGAUACAGUAUCUCAGUGGUGGAACCAAACAGAAAACGCACAUGAAAAUUGAUCACCAAACCAACAAAAAGCUCCACAUUCAGCAUACCACUGUCACAAAGCCUGACCUUGCAAAUCUCAGCCCAAGGGUCGUGGAUGGUACAGAGGACAGUGAUGGUACAGAAAAUUCACACACAUUCAUAUUUUCCUCUGGCCAUCAGCACACCAUCAGUGGUGCAACUAAUACCACUGCCACCACAGCAGAAUUAGCAGCUAAAUCAGAGGACACCAGGGGACAGCUACGCCACCUUAACCAAGAGGUGAACUCUCUCGGACGGGAGGUGGCUGAGCUGGGUCGAGUCAUGCGGAGUCUCGCCUAUCUCAUCGAAUCCAUGAUGGCCUCUCCUCAAACACCAGGUGGCUGUACAUCCACGUUUACCUCGGGAUAUCCUUCACCUCCGGUCCCCUUCCCGAGCCAGGGUUCUUCUUGGACCAGCCCUCCUUUUUCUUCACCGAUGCACCCUGGAAUACGACCAGGAGGACUUGUAAACCAUCCGCUCAGACCACAAGAACUGCAGCUGGUCUGCCCCACCACAUCUCCCGGUUCCUUUCCCAUCACACUUUCCUCCUCCUCCCAUACAGACAGAUUCAGAGAGCCAUUAUUGACCCUUUCUCCACACAGCGCAGUUGCUCGGACCCGCUCGCAGAGUCUGGAGACGCCUCUCCUGCAGCAUCACCAACACAUCUCACACACCCCUGGAACUUUACCCAGAGCUGGACAGCCAUCGCUGGGAGAAGGGGAGGAUCUCAGGUCCCUGGGAUUGUAGCAAUCAACCUUUAUAAUGGACAAGUUCCACUGGAAUCUGCGUGUUAACCAGGACUCAGGACAGGACUGAUAAGAUAAGUGGUACACGCCCUGCCAAAGCCAUGGAGCAUUGGUUCCUUCGAAGAUAUACAUGUUUACUAUCUCAGUUUUUAAGAUAAUCUCUCUAACGGCAUGUCUUUCAAUGUUAGAAACUAAAGGGAUAUAUCUCUUUUCAGGAAAACUAGUUGGAGUUCCUACAGCAGGAAGUUUAACCUAACAAAAGUAAAACAAACUGAUUGUGAUUCAGAUUCAACCCACAUUUCAUGUUGACAGCAUUCAUUAUAAUUCCAAGUACUACUGUUCAUAUUAAGCCAGCUGCAUACAACAACUAGCAUUAGCAAUUUACCUUUUUAUGUAACUGACUUACAAAAAAGAUCCAUCAAAGUUUUACUCUGCUUCUAAUUUAUUCUGAUCACUGAUGCCUAAAGUCCUUUGCAAAAGUUCUGUGCAAUGAAAAGUUUCACUUUAUCAACAGCAUUUGAAAUGUGCUUCCAGUUAUUAGACAAAAAUAACUGUUCCUUUGACACCAUUCCUCAGGUUCUAAAUUGUAGUUAUAUUAAUGCAAUUCCACACAGGUAAAAAAAAAAUUUUCUUGAAAAUGUGUCCAGUAAUUGCUAUAAUAUCACUAUUCUUAAAGCACCUUGCAUAUGAGAAUUAUGUUGGUAACAUAAUCAGAUGAUCAGAUUAGAAAAAAACUUUAUUUUAACUUGGAAAAUUUCUUCACAUACUGUACUUCUAAGAAUUUUAUGGAAGCACUGUGACUGCAAAGAUAGGAAUAAAUUUCACAGUUUGAGUAGAGUCUGGAGAGACUCCUCUAUUCAGUGAGCCAAAUGAUUUAUAUUAAAAAAAUCUGCUCUUUAAUCAGAUACUUAAAAGUAUGAGUUCUUCUAAUCAAGCUUUGCAGUGCUUGAUAACUGACUUCAUCCACUAAUUUAGUCAGAUUAGCCCUGUAUCGUGUAAAAAUGCAUUGUAUCUGCUAUGUUUAACAAACUUAACUAGUUGAUGGGUUAUCUAAACAACUAGUCAGUCUUAAAUAAGCAUUGCAUAAUUAAUAAUAGUCUUGUCAUUUCCACUGAAUACUUAUCAGACUAGUUAGGCAUGUAAGAUGCUUACAAAACUGUCAACAGUAAGCUGACAGAUAUUCAGUAAAUAAGCUAAAUAACUAACCUUUAAUUGCACAAAACUACCAUAGUCCUCACAUUAAAAGAUGGAUUAUGCAUAAUAAUGGAAGCAUUGCACGCAGCGGGAAAUCUUAUGUUUGACAGUAAUUGUCUUGGAAUUUAUUGUUGAAGGUUGCAAAUUAGUUACAAAAGCGGUGCUUUGAUGACUGUAGCGACAAGAUUUUUAAGAGGAUGAAUUUAGAAACUUCUUAGAGAGGGCUGUAUGCAGGACAGGUAACCUGUUAGACUUUUUGCAUGCUAAUUUACAGCAUGAUGACAGCAUGCUAAAAGCCUUUGAGGAGCUGCAUCCCCUUCUAAAUGCUAUUGCUGAUGCUAAUCACAGAAACUGGUAACACUUUACAUAUGAUUUGAUAAUAUUAGUUAAUGCAUUUGGUAUUAUGAACUAAUUAUGACAGUAUUUAUUAUUCCUAUAUUUAUUCAUGUUAAUUUGUGAAUAUAUUUUAAUUCAUGUUCAUGUAUAAUAAUACAUUAAAGUAUUUUUAAAAUUUUGUAACAGUGUUGUUGGUUCUGAAUGAAAUUUAAAACAAAAAA